AUGGUUAUGAAACCUGAAGUUGAGCAAGAAUUAGCUCAUGUCUUAUUGACUGAAUUGUUAGCUUACCAAUUCGCAUCUCCAGUUAGAUGGAUUGAAACCCAGGAUGUCUUUUUAAAGGAUUUAAACACCGAAAGAGUAGUUGAAAUCGGUCCUUCUCCAACUUUGGCUGGGAUGGCCCAGAGAACUUUAAAAAAUAAUUAUGAAUCUUAUGAUGCUGCUUUAUCCUUGCAAAGACAAGUUCUUUGUUACGCUAAAGAUGCUAAAGAAAUUUAUUACACUCCAGAUCUUUCUGAAUUAGCUGCAGACUCUAAGGAAAAACAACCAGAACAACAACAAGAGAUUUCUGCUCCAACUCUAGCUCCGGUACCGGCACUAGCACCAGCACCAAUUGCUGCUGCCCCUGCUCCAACUGUUGCUGUUGAAAUACCAGAUGAACCAGCUACUGCUGCUUUAGUAUUACAUACUCUAGUGGCUCAAAAACUAAAAAAAUCUUUGGACGCAGUUCCAAUGUCCAAAACCAUCAAAGAUUUAGUUGGUGGUAAAUCUACUGUCCAAAAUGAAAUUCUUGGUGAUCUAGGUAAAGAAUUCGGCACUACUCCAGAAAAACCAGAAGAGACUCCAUUAGAUGAGUUAGCUGAAACUUUCCAAGAUUCUUUCUCUGGUUCUUUAGGUAAACAGUCUUCAUCUUUAAUCUCCAGAUUAAUAUCCUCAAAGAUGCCUGGUGGUUUCACAAUCACCGUAGCCAGAAAAUACUUACAAACUCGUUGGGGUUUAUCCAGUGGUAGACAGGAUUCUGUUCUUUUGGUAGCCUUGACUAACGAACCCGCUUCUCGUCUUGGCUCUGAAGCUGAUGCAAAGGCUUUCUUGGAUGAACAAGCCCAAAAGUAUGCAAGUAUGGUCGGUAUCAAUUUAGCUGUUGUUGCUUCCUCUUCUACAGCUGCUAAUGGUGCUGGUGCUGGUGGUGCUACGAUCGAUGCUGCCGCUCUAGAUGAAUUGACUAAGGACAACAAGGUUUUAGCACGCCAACAAUUAGAAGUACUAGCCCGUUACUUGAAAAUGGAUCUAAAUAAUGGGGAAAGAAAAUACUUAAAGGAAAAGGAUACCGUUACUUCUUUACAAGAGCAACUAGAUUUCUUGACUGAAGAAAUGGGAGAAUUCUAUAUCAGUUCCUUGACCACCAACUUUUCUAGGAAGAAGGCUAGAGUCUUUGAUUCCUCCUGGAACUGGGCUAAACAAUCCUUAUUACAAUUAUACUUUGAAAUCAUUCAUGGUGUUCUAAAGAACGUAGACAGAGAAGUAGUCUCUGAAGCUAUUAACAUUAUGAACAGAUCUAAUGAGGCUUUGAUCAGAUUUAUGGAAUAUCAUAUUACUCAUACAGAUGUCUCUAAGGGUGAAAAUUAUGAAUUAGCUAAGUCUUUAGGUGAACAAUUAAUCGAAAAUUGUAAACAGGUCUUGGAUGUUGAUCCUGUUUACAGAGAUAUUUCUAAGCCAACUGGUCCCAAAACCACUAUUGACAAGAAUGGUAACAUCAAAUAUGAAGAGGCUCCAAGGGAAAAAGUCAGAAAAUUCUCCCAAUAUGUUCAAGAAAUGGCCCUUGGUGGUCCAUUAUCCAAAGAAGAUCAACCAACUAUUGAACAAGAUUUAACUCGUGUCUACAAGGCUAUUAAUGCCCAAGCUUCAGAACACAAUAUUUCUGAUUCAACUAAAUUGGAGUUUGAAAAGUUAUAUGGAGAAUUAAUCAAAUUCUUAUCCAAUUCCAAGGAAAUUGAUGCAACCCAAACUACUGCCGGUAUUAACGAUGAUGAUGAUUUGGAUAAGGACUCUACCAAGGAAGUUGCAUCUCUAUCAAAUAAACCAAAGGCCACUGGUGCUAUAUCUUCUACCAUUCCAAGAGCUACUGUUCCAUUCCUACAUAUUAAGAAGAAGUUAGCUGACGGCUCCUGGAAAUACGAUAGAACAUCGUCUAAAAUAUUUAUUGACGGUUUGGAAAACGCUGCCAUCAACGGUACCACUUUCAAGGAUAAAUAUAUCUUGGUUACUGGUGCUGGUAAAGGUUCCAUUGCUGGUGAAAUCUUGCAAGGUUUAUUACAAGGUGGUGCCAAAGUUGUUGUUACUACCUUCUCCUUUAAUAAGACAACUUUAGACUAUUUCCAAAGAUUAUACGCCAAAUAUGGUGCUAAAGGAUCUACUUUAAUUGUUGUUCCAUUUAACCAAGGUUCCAAGAAAGAUUGUGAAGCUCUUAUUGACUACAUUUAUGAUGAUGAAAAGAAUGGUGGUUUAGGUUGGGAUUUAGAUGCUAUUAUUCCAUUCGCCGCUAUUCCAGAAAAUGGUAUUGAAUUGCAAAAUAUUGAUUCCAAAUCUGAAUUUGCUCAUAGAAUCAUGUUAACCAACAUCUAUAGAAUCAUGGGUUAUGUUACAAAACAUAAAUCAGCCAAGGAUAUUGAAACCAGACCAGCUCAAGUUAUCUUACCAAUGUCUCCAAAUCACGGUACUUUUGGUGCCGACGGUUUAUACUCUGAAUCUAAGUUAUCUUUAGAAACAUUAUUUAAUAGAUGGCAUUCCGAAUCCUGGGCUAAUCAAUUAACUGUCUGUGGUGCUAUCAUUGGUUGGACCAGAGGUACUGGUUUGAUGAGUGCUAACAACAUCAUUGCUGAAGGUAUUGAAAAGAUGGGUGUUCGUACUUUCUCCCAGAAAGAAAUGGCAUUCAACUUACUUGGUUUAUUGACCCCAGAAGUUACCCAAUUAUGUCAGAAGGCUCCUGUCAUGGCUGAUUUAAAUGGUGGUUUACAAUAUUUGAAGGACUUAAAGGACUUUACUGCUAAGUUACGUAGGGACUUAAUUGAAACUUCUGAAAUUAGAAAAGCUGUUUCUAUUGAGACUGCACUAGAACACAAAGCUGUUAAUGGUGAUAAAGCUGAUGCUGCCUAUACAGAAGUUGAAAUUCAACCAAGAGCUAACAUCCAAUUAGGCUUCCCAGAAUUGAGAUCUUACAAAGAUAUUAAGAAAAUUGCUGCCCCAGAAUUAGAAGGUAUGUUAGAUUUGGAGAAGAUCGUUGUCAUUACUGGUUUCUCUGAAGUUGGUCCAUGGGGUUCUUCUAGAACUAGAUGGCAGAUGGAAGCCUUUGGUGAAUUCUCUCUUGAAGGUUGUGUUGAAAUGGCCUGGAUUAUGAAUUUAAUUAAGUAUCAUAAUGGUAAUUUGAAGGGUCGUCCAUACACUGGUUGGGUAGAUGCCAAGACCGAGGAACCUAUUGAGGAUAAGGAUAUCAAGACUAAGUACGAAAAGCAGAUCUUAGAACAUGCUGGUAUCAGAUUAAUCGAGCCUGAAUUAUUUAACGGUUAUGACCCAAAUAAAAAGCAAUUGAUUCAAGAAGUUAUUGUCGAAGAAGAUAUGGAACCAUUUGAAACUUCUAAAGAAACUGCCGAACAAUUCAAACUUGAACAUGGCGACAAGGUUGAUAUCUUCCAAAUUCCAGAGACUGGUGAGUAUUCUGUUAGAUUAUUAAAGGGUGCUACUUUGUUGAUUCCAAAAGCUUUAAGAUUCGACCGUUUAGUUGCUGGUCAAAUUCCAACUGGAUGGGAUGCCAAAACUUAUGGUGUUUCUGAAGAUAUUAUUUCUCAAGUUGAUCCAAUUACUUUAUUUGUCCUAGUAUCUGUCGCUGAAGCCUUUAUUGCUUCUGGGAUUACUGAUCCAUACGAGAUGUACAAAUAUGUUCAUGUUUCUGAAGUUGGUAACUGUUCUGGUUCUGGUAUGGGUGGUGUCUCUGCUUUACGUGGUAUGUUUAAAGACCGUUAUAAAGAUAUGCCAGUUCAAAACGAUAUCUUACAAGAGUCCUUCAUUAAUACCAUGUCUGCCUGGGUUAAUAUGUUAUUAAUUUCUUCUUCCGGUCCAAUCAAAACACCUGUUGGUGCCUGUGCAACUGCUGUUGAAUCUGUUGAUAUUGGUGCUGAAACAAUUUUAUCUGGUAAGGCUAAGAUUUGUAUUGUUGGUGGUUACGAUGAUUUCCAAGAAGAAGGUUCUUACGAAUUCGCUAAUAUGAAAGCGACUUCCAACUCACUUGAAGAAUUUGAACAUGGCCGUACCCCUGGAGAAAUGUCAAGACCUGCCACCACCACUCGUUCUGGUUUCAUGGAAGCUCAAGGUUCUGGUAUCCAAGUUAUUAUGACUGCUGAAUUAGCUUUGAAAAUGGGUGUUCCAAUAUAUGGUAUUGUUGCUUUAACUGCUACAGCUACUGACAAAAUUGGUAGAUCUGUUCCAGCCCCAGGUAAGGGUAUUUUAACCACUGCUAGAGAACACCAUGGUUCUUUGAAAUAUGCUUCUCCAUUAUUAGAUAUUAAAUACAGAAAACGUCAAUUAUCUAACCGCAAAAGUCAAAUUAAACAAUGGGUAGAAGAUGAAUUAGAAUUAUUACAGGCUGAAAUGGAAGAAAUCCCAGAAAACGAUAAAUCUGAAUUUAUUGAAGAACGUACUAAGGAGAUUAAACUCGAAGGGGAAAAGCAAUUAAAGGCUGCUCAAGCCCAAUGGGGUAAUGAAUUCUAUAAGAGAUAUCCACGUAUUGCGCCAUUAAGAGGUGCAUUAGCUACUUAUGGCUUAACUAUAGAUGAUUUAGGUGUUGCUUCUUUCCAUGGUACUUCUACUAAGGCCAAUGAUAAGAAUGAAUCUGCUACUAUCAACGAAAUGAUGAAACACUUGGGUAGAUCUGAAGGUAACCCAGUCUUUGGUGUCUUCCAGAAGUUUUUAACUGGUCAUCCAAAGGGUGCUGCAGGUGCAUGGAUGUUAAAUGGUGCUUUGCAAAUCUUAAACACCGGUAUUGUUCCAGGUAAUCGUAAUGCAGACAAUAUUGAUAAAGUUCUUGAACAAUAUGAAUAUGUCUUAUAUCCAUCUAAGACAAUCAAGACAGAUGGUAUUAAGGCUGUUUCUGUUACUUCAUUUGGUUUUGGUCAAAAGGGUGGUCAAAUCAUUGUUAUUCAUCCAGAUUACUUAUAUGGUGCUAUCGAUGAGUUAACAUACGAAGAAUAUGUCAAGAAAGUUUCUAUCAGGGAAAAAGCUGCUUAUCAAUUCUUCCACACUGGUAUGACACAAAACAAGAUCUUCAUCAGUAAGGAACAUGCCCCAUACACUGAAGAUCUAGAACAAUCUGUCUACUUAGACCCAUUGGCUCGUGUCUCAACCGAUCCAAAAUCUGGUAGUGAGUUAGUUUUCAAUAAGAAGUCUAUUCAAAAUGAUACCAGUUAUGAAAGGAAUGCUGCAACUGCUGCCAUGAUUAAAACUUUAACCAAAGAUGUUACUGACUCUGAUAAUGGUGUUGGUGUUGAUGUUGAAUUGAUUCAAAGUAUUAACAUUGAAAAUGAAACUUUUAUUGAACGUAAUUUCACACCAGCAGAAAUUGCUUAUUGUCAAAAACAACCUUCAGUCCAAAGUUCGUUUGCUGGUACCUGGUCUGCUAAAGAAGCUGUAUUCAAAUCAUUAGGUGUUAAGUCUCAAGGCGCUGGGGCUUCUUUAAAAGACAUUGAAAUUGUUAGGGUAAAUGGUACUGCUCCAGAAGUUGUAUUACAUGGAAAUGCCAAACAAAUUGCUACUGAAGCUGGUGUCAAAUCUGUUAAGGUUUCUAUUUCUCAUGAUGAUUUCCAAUCUGUUGCAGUUGCCAUUUCUUCUAAGAACUAG